CCAAAAAGUUUAGCUUCCAUUUUUAUCAACAAGAAAUUGUAACUUUUUGUCAUUUUUGCGGUACGGUAAACUUUCAGGUUUUCGAUGCGAACAUGAAGUCUUUCUUGUUGGUUCCGGUCAUCCAGGGCUUUCUCAUAAAAUGUGUGAAAGGUGGCUGGGGUGACUGGACGAUACAGUCGAGAGGACCGUGCAGCGCGACAUGUGGUCAGGAGAGUGGUGUGCGUGUGCGUACCGACGUACGUAAGUGUAGUCAGCUGGAACCGACAGAUGGCCGAGUGCAGUGUGCCGGCACGAGCACGAUGACAAUCACUGAGGCGUGUCAAGCUGAAGUCGCCUGUCCUGCAUUGAAAUCGGCCCCUUCAGAUGAAAGUCCAGCCAUCUUCAUGGUAUUGGCAGUUGGGAUUCCAGUAGCACUGAUUGUCGGAGUACUGAUUUUCUUCUUCAUCAAAAGGUUGAGGGACACGCGAAGAAAAAGCUUGGAAGAGGAAUCGCCCACGAUGGAGAGUCCUUCACAGCUUGGAAGUGACUUGGAUAUACAGGAGAAUCCCGCUUACUCGGGCUCUGUAAACACUGUGAAAAAAUCUGCAGAUUCGAAAAACCAGACAAAUUCUGCAGGCUUCAAAUACCAGAAACGGUCUGCAGACAUCAAAAGUGAUAAAAGCUCUGCAGAUUCGAAAGACCUGAAAAGCUCUGCAGAUUCGAAAGACCAGAAAAGCUCAGAAAAUUUGAUAGAGCAGAAAAGCUCAGAAGAUUCGAUAGACCAGACAAGCUCAGAAUAUUCGACAGACCAGAGAAGCUCAGAAUAUUCAACAGACCAGAAAAGCUCAGAAGAUUCGACAGACCAGAAAAGCUCAGAAGGUUCGACAGACCAGAAAAGCUCAGAAGAUUCGAUAGACCAGAAAACCUCAGAAGAUUCGAUAGACCAGAAAAGCUCAGAAGAUUCGAUAGACCAAAAAACCUCUGCAGACCUGGAAAACAAGAAAAGUGCUCCUGAUGGAACAGGCAUUGCAAAAAAGGAAUACUCUCCAGAUUUGGAAAGCAAUCUGGAUGAGAAAAACAGAAAUAUGAAAAGCUCUGUAGAUUUUAAAAGCACUGGAGACAAACAAACCUCUUCGUAUGAGACGAGCUGCAUAGAGAAGAUAAGCACUGCAGACUUGAAAAGCAAGCUGGAAAAUGAAAACACCGUAAAUGAGAAAAACUCAACAGACUUGAAAAGCACUGGAGACAAAACUAACUUUGCAUUUGAGAUUAGCAGUCAAGAACAAAUAAACUCAGUAGAUUUAGAAAGCUCUGCAGAUUUGAAAAGCAAGCUGGAAAGUAAAAACACCGUAAAGGAAAACAACUCAACGGACAUGAAAAGCACUGGAGACAAAACUAACUUUGCAUUUCAAACUAGCAGUCUAGAAAAAAUAAAUUCAGUAAAUUUCGAAAGCUCUGCAGAUAUCAAAAGCUCUGUAGAUUUGAAAAGCUCUGCAGAUUUGAAAGGCAGUACAGAAAAGAAAAGCCUUCCAGAUUUGAAAGGCACUGAAGAAAAAAAACCCAUUGCAUAUGUGGCAAGUAGUCUGCAAAAAAUCAGACCCACAGGUCUAGAAAUCUCUGCAGAUUCAAAAGGCGGUACAGUUAAGACUAGGUAUGCAGAUUCGAAAAGCAGUGGAGACAAAACAAACUUUGCAUAUAGCUGUCUAGACAAAUUAAACUCUGUAGACUUAAAAUACUCUGUAGAUUUGGAAAGCUCUGCAGAUUUGAAAGGUAGUACAGAAAACAAAAGCCCUGCAGAUUUGAAAAGUGCUGCAGAGAAAAUAAACUUUGCAUAUGGGGCAAGUAGUCCAGAAGAGAUGAUACCUGAAGGACUGGAAAUCUCUGCAGAUUUCAAAGGCAUUGUAGUUAAGAAAAUAUCUGCAGAUUUGAAAAGCACUGAAGAGAAAACAAACUUUGCAUGUGGCUCAAGUAGUUUAGGAAAGCCAAGACCCAAAGAUCUGGAAAUCGCUGUAGAUUUGAAAAGCAGUGCUGAUACGAACAUUUCUGUAGAUUUGAAAAGUGCUGAAGAGAAAAUAAACUUUGCAUAUGGGGCAAGUAGUCCAGAAGAGAUAAGACCUAAAGGUCUGGAAAUCUCUGCAGAUUUGAAAAGCAGUCCAGAUAAGAAAAGCUCUGCAGAUUUGAAAGGCAGUGUAGAUAAAAGCUCUGCAGAUUUGAAAGGCAGUCCAGAUAAGAAAAGCUCUGCAGAUUUAAAAGGCAGUGUAGAUAAAAGCUCUGCAGAUUUGAAAGGCAGUGUAGAUAAAAGCUCUGCAGAUUUGAAAAGCAGUGUAGAUAAAAGCUCUGCAGAUUUGAAAGGCAAUGUAGAUCAAAGCUCUACAGAUUUAAAAGGUAGUGCAGAAAUGAAAUGCUAUGUAGAUUUGAAAAAUGGUGAAUUGAAAGGCAGUACAUAUAUGAAAAGCUCUGUAGAUUUGAAAGGCAGUCCAGAUAAGAAAAGCUCUGUAGAUUUGAAAAGCAGUCCAGAUACGAAAAGCUCUGCAGAUUUGAAAGGCAGUGUAGAUAUGAAAAGCUCAGCAGAUUUAAAAGGCAGUCCAGAUAAGAAAAGCUCUGUAGAUUUGAAAGGCAGUGUAAAUAAGAAAAGCUCUGUAGAUUUGAAAGGCAGUGUAGAUAAGAAAAGCUCAGUAGAUUUGAAGAGCAGUACAGAUAAGAAAUGCUCUGUAGAUUUGAAAGGCAGUGUAGAUAUGAAAAGCUCAGCAGAUUUAAAAGGCAGUCCAGAUGCGAAAAGCUCUGUAGAUUUGAAAAGCUCAGCAGAUUUAAAAGGCAGUCCAGAUACGAAAAGCUCUGUAGAUUUGAAAGGCAGUGUAGAUAUGAAAAGCUCAGCAGAUUUAAAAGGCAGUCCAGAUAAGAAAAGCUCUGUAGAUUUGAAAGGCAGUGUAGAUAAGAACAGCUCUGUAGAUUUGAAAGGCAGUGUAGAUAAGAAAAGCUCAGUAGAUUUGAAAGGCAGUGUAGAUAAGAAAAGCUCUGUAGAUUUGAAAGGCAGUCCAGAUAAGAAAAGCUCUGCAGAUUUCAAAGGUAGUGCGGAAAGAAAAUGCUCUGUAGAUUUGAAAAGCAUUACAGAUAAGAAAUAUGCUGUAAAUGUGCUUAGCAGUGCAGCUUUGAAAAGCAGUGUACAUACAAAAUUCUCUGUAGAUUUGAAAGGCAGUGCAGAUAAGAAAAGCUCUGUAGAUUUGAAAGGCAGUCCAGAUAAGAAAAGCUCUGUAGAUUUGAAAACCAGUCUAGAUAGGAAAUACUCUGCAGGUUUGAAAGGCAGUCCAGAUAAGAAAAGCUCUGUAGAUUUGAAAAGCUGUGUAGAUUUAAAAUGCAUUCCAGAUAUGAAAAGCUCUGUAUAUUUGAAAGGCACUACAGAUAAGAAAGGCAGUGUAGAUUUGAAAGGGAGUGCAGAAAAGAAAAGCUCUGUAUAUUUGAAAGGCAGUCCAGAUAAGAAAUGCUCUGUAGAUUUGAAAGGCAGUCCAGAUAGGAAAUGCUCUGUAGAUUUGAAAGGCAGUCCAGAUAAGAAAUGCUCUGUUGAUUUGAAAGCCAGUUCAGAUAAGAAAUGCUCUGUAGAUUUGAAAGCCAGUCCAGAUAGGAAAUGCUCUGUAGAUUUGAAAGGCGGUCCAGAUAAAAAAUUCUCUGUAGAUUUGAAAGGCAGUCCAGAUAAGAAAUGCUCUGUUGAUUUGAAAGGCAGUGUUAAUUUGAAAGGCAGUGUAGAUUUGAAAGGCAGUCCAAAUAAGAAAAGCUCAGUAGAUUUUAAAGGCAGUCCAGAUAAGAAAAGCUCUGUAGAUCUGAAAGGCAGUGCAGAAAAGAAAAGCUCUGUAGAUUUGAAAGGCAGUGUAGAUACGAAAAGCUCAGCAGAUUUGAAAAGCAGUACAGUUAAGAAAAGCUCUGUGGGUUUGAAAGGCAGUGCAGAUAAGAAAUGCUCUGUAGAUUUGAAAAGCCUUGCAGAUUUGAAAGGCAGUCCAGAUAAGAAAAGCUCAGUUGAUUUAAAAGGCAGUGCAGAUAAGAAAUUCUCUGUAGAUUUGAAAGGCAGUCCAGAUAAGAAAUGCUCUGUUGAUUUGAAAGCCAGUCCAGAUAAGAAAUGCUCUGUAGAUUUGAAAGCCAGUCCAGGUAGGAAAUGCUCUGUAGAUUUGAAAGGCGGUCCAGAUAAGAAAUUCUCUGUAGAUUUGAAAGGCAGUCCAGAUAAGAAAUGCUCUGUUGAUUUGAAAGGCAGUGUUAAUUUGAAAGGCAGUGUAGAUUUGAAAGGCAGUGUAGAUACGAAAAGCUCAGCAGAUUUGAAAAGCAGUACAGUUAAGAAAAGCUCUGUGGGUUUGAAAGGCAGUGCAGAUAAGAAAUGCUCUGUAGAUUUGAAAAGCCUUGCAGAUUUGAAAGGCAGUCCAGAUAAGAAAAGCUCAGUUGAUUUAAAAGGCAGUGCAGAUAAGAAAAAAACUGUAGAUCUGAAAGGCAGUGCAGAAAAGAAAAGCUCUGUAGAUUUGAAAGGCAGUGUAGAUACGAAAAGCUCAGCGGAUUUGAAAAGCAGUACAGAUAAGAAAAGCUCAGCAGAUUUGAAAAGCAGUGCACAUGAGAAAAGCUCUGAAGAUCCGAAAGGCAGCAUAGAUACAAAAAGCUCUGUAGAUUUGAAAGGCAGUGCAGAGACUAAAAGCUCUGUAGAUUUGAAAGGCAGUGCAGAGACUAAAUGCUCUGUAGAUUUGAAAGGCAGUGCACAUGAGAAAAGUUCUGUAGAUCUGAAAGGCAGUGUAGAUAAAAAAAGUUCUGCAGAAAAGAAAAGCUCUGUAGAUUUCAAAGACGGUGCAGAGACGAAAUGCUCUGCAGAUUUGAAAGGCAGUGAAGAGAAGAAAUGCUCUGUAGAUUUGAAAGGCAGCGUAGAUACAAAAAGUUCUGUAGAUUUGAAAGGCAGUGCACAUGAGAAAAGCUCUGUAGAUCUGAAAGGCAGUGUAGAUACAAAAUGUUAUGCAGAAAGGAAAAGCUCUGUAGAUUUGAAAGGCAGUGCAGAGACGAAAUGCUCUGCAGAUUUGAAAAGCAGUGCAGAUUUUAAAGGUAGUACAGAUAAGAAAAGUUCUGUAGAUUUGAAAGGCAGUGCAGAUAAGAAAAGCUCUGUAGAUCUGAAAGGCAGUGCAGAGACAAAACGUUCUGAAGAAAGGAAAAGUUCUGUAGAUUUGAAAGGCAGUGCACAUGAGAAAAGCUCUGUAGAUCUGAAAGGCAAUGUAGAUACAAAAAGUUAUGCAGAAAGGAAAAGCUCUGUAGAUUUGAAAGGCAGUGCAGAGACGAAAUGCUCUGCAGAUUUGAAAGGCAGUGCAGAUAAGAAAAGCUCUGUAGAUCUGAAAGGCAGUGCAGAGACUAAACGUUCUGAAGAAAGAAAAAGUUCUGUAGAUUUAAAAGGCAGUGUAGAUACAAAACGUUCUGCAGAAAAGAAAAGUUCUGUAGAUUUGAAAGGCAGUGCAGGUAAGAAAAGCUCUGUAGAUCUGAAAGGCAGUGUAGAUACAAAAAGUUCUGCAGAAAGGAAAAGCUCUGUAGAUUUGAAAGGCAGUGCAGAGACGAAAUGCUCUGCAGAUUUGAAAGGCAGUGGAGAGAAGAAAUGCUCUGUAGAUUUGAAAACCAGUGCAGAUUUUAAAGGCAGUACAGAUAAGAAAAGCUCUGUAGAUUUGAAAGGCAGUGCAGAUAAUAAAAGCUCUGUAGAUUUGAAAGUCAGUGCACAUGAGAAAAGCUCUGUAGAUCUGAAAAGCAGUGUAGAUACAACAAGUUCUGCAGAAAAGAAAAGCUCUGUAGAUUUCAAAGACCGUGCAGAUAAGAAAUGCUCUGUAGAUUUGAAAAGCAAUGCAGAUAAGAAAAGCUCUGUAGAUUUGAAAGGCAGUGCACAUGAGAAAAGCUCUGUAGAUCUGAAAGGCAGUGUAGAUACAAAAAGUUCUUCAGAAAAGAAAAGCUAUGUAGAUUUGAAAGGCAGUACAGAUAAGAAAUGCUCUGUAUAUUUGAAAGGCAGUGCAGAGAAGAUAUACUCUGUAGAUUUGAAAGCCAGUGCAGAUUUUAAAGGCAGUACAGAUAAGAAAAGAUCUGUAGAUUUGAAAGGCAGCGUAGAUACAAAAAGUUCUGCAGAAAAGAAAAGCUCUGUAGAUCUGAAAGGCAGUGUAGAUACAAAACGUUCUGUAGAUUUGAAAGGCAGUGCAGAGACUAAAUGCUCUGCAGAUUUUAAAGGCAGUGAAGAGAAGAAAUGCUCUGUAGAGUUGAAAAGCAGUGCAGAUUUUAAAGGCAGUGCAGAUAAAUUCUCUGUAGAUUUGAAAGGCAGUUCAGAUGAGAAACACUCUUUGAAAAGCUCUGUAAAUUCGGAAAGCACUGCAGAUUUGAAAUCUCUGCAUAUGGGACAAGCACUAUAGAAGACAAAUCUCUUCAGAUUUGAAAAGCACUGUAGAUGGGGAAAGCACUAGACAGAAGGAGAUUUCUAAAGACGGGGGGGAAAAUAUCUGUAGACAGGGUUUCUGCCAGGUAAAAACAGGUAAAAUGCCAUGCUCCCCCAAUUAUUUUUAUUUGGGUAUGGCAUUAUAAUCAAAAUGUUUUGCAGAUUUUAUUAUUUUAGUUUACCUUUUUGACAAAAUUAAUAACUCUUAUCAUUACUGUAUGAUUAAUGUGUCGAUUCAGUGUAGAACAAUCCAGAGAUACACUACUAACAAGAUAUAUUUUAUUGGGACAUUUUAUUUUAUUAAAAUGCUCUGACACUAUUUUCCCAAAUCUUUUAACGACGAUGAUGGGAGUGAUGGUGGACCAACGAAUUCGUUUCACAGGUUGCUGGAAAAUGUGUUUAAGGGAUCCUAAAUUCCAGGACACACGCGCACGCACGCACACACGCACGCACGCACACACACACACACACACCGUCAACUGUGGGUGCCUUCUAAAAACUCGAUUCCGCAGCGCCAUACCCAGAAAUUUCUUUCUGGCAGAAACUCGAGUAGAUGGUACUAAAUACUACACGAGUGAUCGUUUAUCGACAGCUGGUUGUUUUAAAACGUACAUAAUGAGAGAAAGUCAGUCGGAUAUGUUUUUAAACAAUGAGUUGUAAGAUAAAUAGUAUUGGACAUAUAUGAAUGUAGAAUUCUAUACUUCUUACAUAGCCUCGUGAAAACAAACAUGUUUAAAAUAAAUUUAAGCGUCUAUUUACGACGCCGUCGCUUGUAGUUCACUUAUACAUCAGAGAAGCAUCAAAUUAUGGUUAACUUGUAGGUUACAGAGCAAUCGAUUUCAAUUGUGCUUCUUCUUUUUUUUCUUUUUUUUUUUUUUUUUUCAUUGGGUGGUAUGGCAAAGGUAACCUGGCGAUCACCUAGGAGCAGCAAGUCUAUGUGUACUGAGGGUAAACUAACGAGGGGGGGGGGGGGGUCUAACGGAGUGGGAAACGUGUCUAGUGGCGCAUACAGGCCAUAUUUUUAUCUUUAUUUAUAAAGAGUAAGAUUAAAAACAAAAACAUUUUCCCUCUUAAGUGUAGUAGUAGUAGUAAUAGCCAAAGUAGUUGUAGUAUUCAUAAUAGUAGUGUUGAUAGUAAUAGUAGUCAUGGUAGCAGUAGUAGUAAACUGAAUAACUAAAUAUGGGAAUCACUAUUUUAGAGUGAAUGACUGGAUAAGAUAAGAAAAUAACUAGAUCAGAAGUACAGUACAGUAGUAAUAGUAGUUGUAGUCGUUUUAGUAGUAGUAGUAGUAGUACAAGUUAUAAUAAUAAUGUCCACCACCACCCCCACCCCCAUUUGAAAAACUAUCUAAAUAUGGAUUUUUUUUGAUUUUUUUUUUACUCCCAACAGUUUGCUCCAACCCACACCACCCACCUACCCAGCUACAGACAUCUUCCGAAGACCAUGAUUACCAUAGAUAACACAUUCUUAAGUCCAAGCAAGCACAGUGAGCCAUUUACAGAACUUUACACUUACUUCAGCUAAUAUGAGAUUCUAUUUAGUAUAGUCCACCGUACCCAGGGAUGGAUCCAGGAAAUAUUUUACGGAGGGUGGGGGUGGGGAAUAACAGGAAAAGGGCACAGGAACAAAAUGGUCAAAAUGACAUCCCUAUGAAAAAAAUAAUAAUAAAAGCAGAAAAAAUGUGCACUUGUUAUUUUUUAGAAUCCACCUCUGCUACCAGUGGGUCAACUGCCUGUGAAUUUAUCUUUAAAUGUAAGAAAGAAAGAAAAAAUGAAAUCAAAGGUUUUAUUUAUCAUUGUCAGUAGUAUUAGUUCUCGAUGGGUGCAAACGGAGAGGACUACAGGCUUCGUAUCCGUCCUGUCCUGUCUGGUGGUCCGUUCUUCUGUCUGGUGGUUUGUCCGUCUGUCCCACAGACAGUUUUCCGGAGUUAAGUUUUCAGAAUGUCUCGAGAUAUUUUGUGUAUAGCUUUGUUAUGUACUGAUACAGAUUAAGAUUGACUUUCAUGGAGAUUUACCCAUCUUUAACAGAGUUAUGGCCCUUGAACUUAGGAAAUACGAAAAACUAAAUUUGGAAACUCAAGAUGGUGAGCUGAAAUAUUUUGUAUAGCUUUUCAAUGACCUGUUACAGACCAUGUUUGCCUUUCAUGGCAUUUUUCAGUUAUUGCUGCUCAAUUUAGGAGACAUGAAAUUUUGUUGGGCCCGGUAGGGAACAUGCAUUGCUUUAGCUGUACUUUCAGAAUGAUUGUUAUUGUUAUUAUAAUUAUACCAUUGUUAUCAGUAUCAUUAAUUGUUGUGGUUAUUUAAAUACAUUUAUUUUAUGUAUUGCCAUUGUCAUUAUUACUAUGACGACUAUAUUGUUAUUAGUAAUAUUAAUGGGGGGGGGUGUUUUUUAAUAUUUAUUUUCUCCAAACAAUUUGUAUUGUGUGCUUGACACUACUCGACGACUAAAGAGUUAUUCUAGAAUUUAUUACAUGGAGAGGUUGUUUGGGCAGGCCCGUAGGAAUGAGAUUUAGAGUGAGAGACACAAGCUAAAUUUUUAUUUUACUUAUACAGAGUAGGACCCCCAAAAAGUACAUUUUCGUCCAAGAGUGAGAGGGGCACGCACGUGCGCGCACACACACACACGCUGUUUCUAUGGGAUACCGUAAUUAUUAUUUUAUGUAAUUUUAAAAAUGAAGACUAAGAAGGUGGAGCUGUUUUUUAUUUAAUGAUGCACUCAUCACAUCGUUAUUACCAUACACAUAACCUGGGAAAUAAAAAUCAUAUUAUGCAUUGAUGUUACAUACAAUAUUACUGAAUGAUUUGGCGUUUACAAACCAAUGACUUUGUCGGUACUAGAUCUGAUGUCAUGACGAUUUAGUAAGCAAACACAAUGACGUCACGUGGUUUAAACAGUUGUAUUCAUGCCUCUCACCGAUUCUCCGCUUUUAUUGUUAAACUUGUAAUAAAAUGUUAUUUUAAUAAAUUCGUUACAGAUGUGUUUUACAAUGAACAGAACUUUUGUUAUGUUUACGAUGUUUCUAUAAAUAAUUUGAAAUAAAAUGUUAUUUUAAUAAAUUCAUUACAGAUUGUAUUACAAUAAAUAGAACUUUUGUUUCCGUCAUUUCUAUAUAUAAUUUGUAAUAAAUUGAAACUUUAAUAACUAGA